UUAUUUCGGCUUUGUUGAACAGUAAAUUUAGUAAUAUGCAUUUCCACGUGAUACGUCGAAGUUGUGAACGUGAAGUUGUGUUUUUGCGUCCUAAUAUAAAGUUUGCAAUUGUACUUUCAGAACUUACAGUAGACUGAUGUUUGAAAACGCUGCGGGGUCUGUGUGUAGCGGUGUUUGAGGGAGAUGCUGCUGGUGCUGAACCUCACGGACCUUGUCUUUCAUGCAUUUUAUUGCACAGAUGUUGUGAUGCCACCCAGCUGCCACCAGUACACGACAGACACAACCAGCAGACACUACGGCCCGACUUCUCCUUUCUGGUGUUAUCACAACAUAACACAGACAGCAGAAUAAGGGAUGUGCCGCCAUUUUUAAAGAGCCAGGAACGCCGUUAGACUCACAUUGUGGAGUAGCUAAAAGGUUUGAAACGGCAGCACAGGAUGCCACGUUCUAAAGAGACUCACGAACACAUGCGAAACCAAGUCAUUGACAUCUAUCAGUCUGGAAAGGGUUACAAAUUCAUCGCUAGAGCUCUGGGACUCCAGAGAACCACAGUUAGAUACAUUAUCCAGAAAUGGAAAAAACACGGAACAGUGGUGACCCUUCCCAGGAGUGGCCGACCGACCAACUUUGCCAUCAGAGCGCGUCAACAGCUCAUCCAGGAGGUGAUAACGGAUCCCAGACUAGCAUCAGAAGAACUGCAGGCCUCACUGGCCUCAGUUCAGGCCGAUCAAGAGUCUGCUGGGCCAACAGAUGACAUACAAGAAGAUCCAGAUGAUGAAAAGACUAACUCUAUCACCGUACCAGAUGUUGACCAGAAUGCGUCUCCUUCCUCAUCUGAUAUUGAAGAAGAUUCUACACUAAGUAGGGAUCAUGUGUCUGCUGGACCAACAGACGACAGAGGAGGAGAUCCAGGCCAUGAAAUGCUCGCUGUGAGAGAUUCCAACACUGCUCAUGAUGACGGCGAGGGUGAGAAUACAGAUUCUUCCUCAUCUGAAACUGAAGCCACAGAUGAAGAUCCUAUGGCUGAUUAUGAGUCUGCUGGGUUAACAGACGACAGAGGAGGCGAUCCAGAGUAUGACAUGUAUGGAGAAGAAAUUAGCCCUGUGUCAUCUGAUGACGAAACUGCAGAAGAAGAUCCAAUGGAGCAGCUUUUUGACUUCAAUGAGGAAAAGAAGAUUUAUGCUGGUUCUUCAGUAACAACAGGAGCUCUCCUGCUUCUGCUCGUGGUUUUCAUCCUGAAACACGGUCUGUCCAAAGCAGCAACCAAAGACCUGCUGGGCCUCCUGAACUUCAUGGUGCCUGGAUGUGUCCCGAAGUCGUGGCAGUUUUUUAAGAAACGUUUGACUGAUUCUAGUCCUAACACAGAGCUCCACUUUUACUGUCCAAGGUGUACGAGCUAUCUGGGUGUCGAUCCUGGUGAUGAGUGUUCAGUCUGUCAGAAGAGUCUGAGCAGAAAAGGUCUCCUCGAGAAGGCUUACUACUUCCUGGUAAUGCCGCUUGAAAUUCAGCUGAAAAACAUCCUCGCAAACAUCCAUGAGAAGCUGGGGAAACAUCUCACAAGAGAGGCUUCCAAUUCUGAUGUUAACACGGGAAACGAAUACAAGCGUGACAGGCAGGAUGCCGGUAUUACACUCAGCUUCAACUGCAAAGGCUCCCCGGUGUUCAACUCAUCCAAGUUUUCAGUUUGGCCCAUCCUGUGUACAAUCAACGAGCUUCCAUACAUGGACAGAUGUAAAAACGUUCUGCUGCACACGUUGUGGUUCGGCCGAGGCAAACCUCAGGUUCAGAGUUUUUUCACGCCGUUCAUUGAAGAAGUGCAGAAACUCUCCGAGGACGGUUUCUAUUGGAGAGACCAGGACGGCUUCGAACGUCACACCAGAGUGACCGCUCGAGUCUGUGUUUGUGACACUGUAGCGAGGGCGAUGCUGCAGAACUUCAAACCAUUCAACAGAGAGUUUGGAUGUGGUUUCUGCUACCACAAAGGUGAGAUGGUUCAGACUGGCAGCGGUCAUACCAGAAUUUAUCCCAUCCAAGUUGACGGGUGCGACCUGAGACACAUGGUUGAAACGGUGCAGAUUGCUGAGUUUGUCAUGGAAAUUGACGAUGACGAACAUCAGAUGGGUGUUAAAGGUCCAAGUCCACUGAUUCUGUUGCCUUUUUUUGACAUUAUCCAGGGGUUUAUACCAGAUUAUAUGCAUUGUGUCUGUCUCGGUGUCACCCGUCAGUUUGUCAAUCUUUGGUUUGACCCUCUUUACGCCAACAAGGACUUCCAUUUAACAGGUCGGCAUUUAACUAACCUGGACAAAGCAGUGCAUGAGAUCCAACCGCCAGAUGAAAUCGGACAAGGCCCCAGACGCCUCAGCGAGAGGAUGUACUGGAAAGCUUCCGAGUGGAGGGCAUUUGCUCUCCUCUACUCUCCCGUAAUUCUGAGGAAUGUCUUACCAGCGUUGUACUACAAACACUGGAUGCUUCUUGUUUGUGCCCUUCACACCCUCCUCUCUCAGUUUGCUGCUCAGGAUGAGCUGUAUUGUGCAGAGUUAUGUUUGGUUCAGUUCGUAGCAAAGAUCCCGUCUCUCUACGGACUCGAGCAUUGUUCCUACAACUGCCACCUGCUGACCCAUCUGUCUGAGAGUGUUCGGGACUGGGGUCUUCCUUGGGCCAAUUCAGCGUUUGUCUACGAAAGUAUGAAUGGCAGACUCUUGCAGAUGUUCUCCAGCGCAAAGUCUGUUUCAUCGCAGAUUUUCAAGAAUUUCUUUUCGUACGAGAAGGUUGUAAGAAAAGGUAGCGCUGUACUUGAGGAUGCGAGCACAGAAUUGAAAGACAUGUUUUGCUCCAUGACAAGUUGCGAUAUUGUUUCUAAGUCAUCAGAUUGCAUCGGAGAACAUUUAGUGGCUCUGGGAUGUGGCUCUUGUAGAUCCUUAAGCAAAGUAGAAGUUGCUGUAUUGCAGAAGAGCGACACACUCGCAUGGUGCCAUCAGCAUCGUGAAAGUGUAACUGAAUAUAAGCGUUGUGUUUACAAAAACAUGUUAGUCGCCUCUUCAGACGACACUGUUGCAGUAAAAAGGAACAAUUCUGUGAUCGAAACGACCAGCUGCUUUGCCCUGGUUGAGUCUUUGGUUGUUGUACGGAAACCCUGCAGCUGUGAAGGAGCUGCAAACUGCUACUGCAGAGAACUGAUCAUUUUCUACAAGCAGCUGCAGCCAGUCGCCAGACAGCCGGUUAUCAAUGACUCACAGAUCAAUGCAAACAUUGCAAAAUUCCUCGUAAAAGUGAAGCGCUCAAAUGAAUUGUUUGCAAUGACCUGUGUGGACAUUACUGCCAAAUGUAUCAUGAUUGAAAGUGAGGGUCAGUUAUACGUCAUGAAAAUGCCGGUGUUUUGAGACGAGCUAAAUGUCUCUGGCCUUAAUAUGUUUGCUUUUCGUUGGGAUGCCAUAGAAGGUCCACAUUCACACAGCAGGGUUGUGUGAUAUGACUGUAAAUUCUGUAAUUCUGUAAGAUACAACCUUCCUGUUACUGUAUCUUAGGCCAUUGUGGGCCUUUGUAGCACUUUUUAGGUUGUUAUAGAACUUUUGCAUUAAUACUUUCACUUGCCGUUUUGUUAUCAAUCCUCUGAACCCCAAAAGCCACAAGUGGGUUUAAACUGCAUUUUGUCUUUUAAAAAAAUGCAGAAGAUAAGCCAUUUAUCAACAGUCCGUGAAAGAAUAGUUUGUCGGCAGCUAGGAAAAUUCACCAAAUCUAAACAUGAAGUUAUAUUUCAUUAAAAACACUAUUCUGUUUGUCUCAUUUGGAGAUUUUCCCAAAAUAAAGCAUUUGCACUAGAUCCUGUUUAAAAAGAAAACUACAUUUCUGUGUUUCUUGGCUUUCCAAGAAGCUGUGAUUAACUGAACUACGACCUACAGUCACCUUACAAAAAGUCAGACUUUUAGGCUGAACUGCAGGCUGUGUUUACAUCGAGCAGACGGCACAACGAAAGAGUGGAAAAAAACAUGCUGGAUCAGUACAGUAAAUGCAGCAUGGCUCCAAAACAGGAGGAGGUUUUCAUCAGGUUGGAGGAAACGUUCAGCAUGGUGAAACAUCUUUCUAGAGUUGGCUUGCAGAGCAGUGUAAAAGUCUGAAUAGCAUGUGAGGCCUUUUUCCCAGUAACUCCUGAGGGUACUUGGAAAAAUGUACAUAUCGAUUAUAGUGUUCGAAAUUUUGUGUAAAGCAAGUAGCUAUAUUUUCAUGAUUUAUGGCAUUCUAAUUUUGUUUUACUGCACAGAAGACAUGUCUGAGCUCUCUCUAUGUAUAGCCAUUGUUGUGUUGUUUCCAUAGACGUGCAGGAGUUUAUAUUGCAGUGAAAAUGUGACGGGAGCAAAAAAAACAACACCCAGUUUGAAGUUCAGAGGGUUAAAGUUUCAUAAUUUAUGCAGCAUUACACAUUUUGGGGUUGUACAUGAACUGUAUGCCUGUAAAUACAGUAUUUUCUAAUGAAUGUAAAGUAAGCUCAGAAAUUCAGAGACCAUGAGAUGCUUCUAUUUUGAGUUUGAAUCUGUGAAAAAUGUCAAUGAAUGUCAAAAUAUCUUGUUUGCCCCCAUUUUGCUUCAACAUCUUCCUUAGUUCCUGAAUAGCCACAUUAUGAUGUGACCAUGUUACAGAGAUCUUCAGGUUGUAUCAGGAGUGAUGCUUCACAUGUCCCCAUAAAUGCUCAGUUGGGUUGAGGUCAGGAGACUGUGGAGGAAAGGCCUGGACAGUCAACACUCCUUUGAAGCGUUGAGGUGUGUUUGGGUUUGUUAUGCUGCUGCAGCAUGAAUCUUUUGACUUUUUGGUCUUGUUUAGGGGGAUCUUUGGCUGUUUUUGCCAAUUUUUUGUGCCUUUUGGUAUUCUAGUCCAAUGACAAAGCAAAAAGCUUAAUUAUUGUUGCGAUACACUCCAAAGAUGAAUAUACCAACACUGGCAGUAGUGGUAUAUUGCUAUGGUACUGACGAUGGUGUCUGAAUCUGAAGUUUAAAUUAUGGCCUUCACAUGACUGUUUUUCUUCAUCUGUCUGUGUAGUUUGCUGAAUAUCUUUGAAUGUGUAACCGACCCGGCACCUUGGAGCUUCUCAGCUUGUUGGUGUGCACCAUGAUGUUGUAUAUAUGUGGUUUAUAUUGUUAAAAAAAAAAAAAAAGAAA